GAUUUCCUUGUCUAGCAGCCAGAACAUAUUAAAACAUAAAAGAUGACAUCUAAGAUUCAAAUCGCUAUUGCGGGAAUUGGAUGUAACUUUCCAGGAGGUGAAGGACUGGACAAUUUCUGGACAGUGCUGGAAAAUGGCAGAGACUGUACUAUAGAAAUACCUCCAGAAAGAUUUAACAUUAGCGAGUGGUAUGAGCCAGAUAAUAACAAGCCAGAUAAAAUAUGUACAACUCGUGCUGCUCUUCUUGAUGAAUUUAAUGCAUUUGACAAUCAGUUGUUUGGCAUCAGCAAGGAGGAAGCUGAACACAUUGAUCCCCAGCAAAAGCUGCUCCUGGAAUGUACCUACAGAGCACUGGAAGAUGCAGGAGUCACAAGAGAAAACAUCAGUGGCACCAAAACAGGAGUUUUUGUUGGUCUAAUGAAUCGAGACUAUGAGUCCAUGGCCAGCAAGGCAGUUGCCAAAACAACCAAUUACGAUGGCACAGGGACAGUAUCAAGCACAGCAGCCAACAAAAUUUCAUACACUUUCAAUUUGAAGGGAUCAUCACUUGACAUUGAUACGGGGCACUCCUCAUUCCUUUCAGCUUUACAUCUUGGCUAUCAAGCCAUACAACAAGGAGACUGUGAAGCUGCUCUUUGUGGAGGAGUAAAUUGCAUCAUAAAUCCUUGGAAGUUUGUCUCUCUCAGUAAAGCAAAAAUGUUAUCUCCUGAUGGAAUCACUAAACCAUUCUCCAAGAAGGCAGCUGGAUAUGGAAGAGGAGAAGGAUGUGGUGUUCUUUUGUUGAAGCCACUGAUGAAGGCACAGGAAGAUUUCAACAAAAUAUGGGGUGUCCUCAGCAUCACUGCAGUCAGCCAGAAUGGAAAAGCAGUCUCCAAUCUGCUUCAAGUAGAACAAGAAAAGUUAUUGCUCAGCAUUUACCCAACACAAAUCAACCCAUCAGCAGUUCAAUACAUUGAAACCCACAGCACAGGAAACCCUGCUCAAGACAUUGCAGAAGCGGAGAGCUUAGGAAAUAUCAUUGGUAAGAAGAGGCUUUCUAAUUUGCCACUUCUCAAGAUUGGUUCAAUUAUGGGAAAUAUUGGACAUACAGAAUCUGCCGCUGGAGCAGCCGGUUUGAUCAAAGUACUUCUCAUGAUGCACCAUGGAAAGAUUGUUCCAUCCUUGCACUUUUCAGAAAGCAGUAGCAGCAUAAAUACAAAAGAAUUAAAUUUCUCAAUUCCAACUACAGUGGAAGAAUGGGUUGAAUCUAGUGAAUUUGGCAGAGUUGCUGGAAUCAACUGUUUUGGAUACGAAGGGAACAAUAUCCACAUGGUUGUCAGACAGGUCAGGCAAAGUGAAGUUCCUACUCCGGUCAAAAGGCCUGUUGAAUUAUUCAUCAUUUCUGCAGCCUCAGGUUGCUCCCUCAAACAGACAAUGGAAGACACAGCUAGAUAUGUUAACAGAAAUGACUCAAUAAACUUGCAAAAUCUGGCCUAUACAUCGGCAUGUAGAAGAAGCCACAUAAACUAUAAUUAUAGAAGAGCCUUUCUGGUGUCUUCUCUGCAACACCUACAACAAAAGCUUAUAUCUGCAGCUACAAUGGAGGUAUCUCCAUCUAAGAAACCACCACAAUUGAUUUUUGUGUUCUCUGGUAAUGAGCUGGGUUUUAAAGGGAUUUGCACAAUUCUGCUGAAAUCUGAGCCUGUCUUUAGAGACAAAUGUGCUGAAAUCAAGAAGGCAUUUCAACAGCUUUCACCCACUGAAAUUGAGGAAUUAACAGAAUCUGAGAACAAGAAUUUGUCCAAACCUGAUAUUGCCCAGCCCUUAAUUUUCACGUUGCAGGUAGCUUUGGUUUCCCUUCUGCAAUAUUGGGGAAUAAAGCCAAUUGCAGCUGUUGGGCAUUCAGUUGGCGAAGUGGCUGCUGCCCAUUGUGCUGGUUUGAUUUCCCUGGAAGAUGCUGUCAAAGUUAUCUAUCACAGGAGCAGGCUACAGGCUAAGGUCACUGGGGGUAAAAUGCUUGUCGUUAGGAAUAUCCCUGUCCAUGAAGUGUCAGAAGCCCUUUCCCCAUACUCCGGCAAAGUCUGUGUAGCGGCAUUUAACAGUCCUCAAUCUUGCAUUUUGUCAGGGGAUGCAGAUGCCAUUGAUGGCCUUCAGAAGCAUCUAGCUGAGCACUUUAGCACAAGAAGCAUAUUUCUUCAUGUCUUAAAUGUUCCAGUUGCAUACCACAGCCACAUGAUGGAUCCAAUAUUGACAGAACUGGCAGCAAACCUGUCAGAUUUGAAGAAAGGGAAUCCUGAAAUUGACUUGAUUUCCUCCACAACAGGGAAGGCUGCUUCAGAUGGUGAUUUUGUCACCGGCAAAUACUGGGCCAGACAGGCUCGAGAAGCUGUUUGUUUUGCAGAGGCCAUAGUGACAUCAACAAAGGACAAGGACAACAUUGCAUUUGUAGAAAUAGGAUCCCAGGGAGAGCUGCAGACAUACGUCACUGAAACCUCAGGAGCACACCACAAAGUUUUCAGAUUCAUGCAAAUUGACAGAGAAUACAUGUCUCUUCUUAAUAUGGCAAAAGAUUUGUUUGAACUGGGAUUCAAUGUGGAUUGGCAGCAUUUUUAUGAAGGGUAUCAAAGUAUACCAGCAGCCUUUCCCAGAUAUCAAUUCGAACAUAAAAAGCUCAGGUCACAUCAAAACAUCAGCCAGCAAAUAAGUCAUAAAGAUAGACAUUCAAGUCAUCCUUUGAUUUUCAGUACAAAUAAGGAAAGCUCAGAAUUCAUCUGUACCAUCUCUGAAGCCCUCACUCCAUAUUUAUAUGAGCAUAAGAGUCGCAAUGUUGCUUUAAUUGCUGAGGCAUUCUUUGUGGAACUAGCUUUGGCUGCUGUGAUGACUAGAUCAAGAUCAAAAGUUCCCUUAUGUUUUUGCCAAACGAAUAUAAUGUUUACAGAACCAUAUAUUUUAAAUGAAAAUCCCCAUGUUUUGAAGAUAAGAGUGGAGUCACAAGAAAGACUAUCUGAUUUCAGGAUCCUCUCUGGAUCAACUAAUGUGGUUUAUGUAUCAGGCCAGGUUACUAAGUAUCCUGAAACACCACUUGAAGAAAAGAUGAUUUCUUCCAAAGACAUUUUUCACAGGUGUAAGUCUGUUAUUGGAGAAAGUGAGGUUUAUGAAGCUCUGGCACAGCUGGGAUUUGAGCACGGUCCUACCUCUAGGCAGCUACGUGACAUAUUUUACUGUGAAGAUCUGAAAGAAGCUAUAACAACUUUAAAGGUGAACAGACAAAUAGCAGUGGAAAUGUAUAAGUAUUAUAUCCACCCACUACUCUUGGAUUGUUUCUUACAGAUGGUGGUGGUGCUGGCUAAAGUCACGAAAAAGAACAAAAUAGGCUUCCUUUCCAGCAUAAACAGUCUCAUAGUAGGUCAACCUCUGCAAGAGGAAAUGAUGGUGUAUGUAAAGUUAAGCAAGUCUGCUGAUAACUGCUUACAGUUUUGUGGAUGCUUUCUAGACAAGCAUGGAUCUGUUUUGGCAGAAUUGACGGGUGUUCAAUUCACUUUUGUAAAAGAAACUCCAAAGAAUGAAAAUGAAUUUUUGUUUGAAACUAACUGGAAAGAGAUCACCUCUGAGCAAACAAUGCAAAAUCUACCAAAGGCUCCUAGAGUUGUAGUGUUUGCUGAUAAAUCGGGGAUAACACAGCAGCUCAAGAAUUACUUACACAGUGAGUCUAGAUUUGUCCCUUAUCAUGAAUGGGACAAGAUGUUAGUAGGCAAGAGAUCUGAUGUGAAUGCACAGAAUAAGAUUAAUCUAGAGCUGCAAGGAUAUCAAGAUGUUCUGUUCAUGUGGGGUAUCCAAAAACUGAAUGAAUCUUUACCAGAAAAAGUGGUGAAAUACUCAGUGAGGUGUUGUGAAGCAUUUCGCCAGGUUGUUAUUGCAUUAAGAGAGAAGAAGUCCAAUUGCUCCAUUACAAUAAUUACCUACAGGACCUCAGAAGGGAAAGUCGAUCACAUAAAUCCUGGUUUUGCAUUGUAUGGCAUGGCUCGAGCUUGCAUGUCUGAAGUCCCUGAAAUUUCAUUUCAGAUUAUUGACAUCAGUUCUACAAACACAAUAGAUAUCUCAGCUUUAGCAGAUGUUUUAGUCAAAUAUAAAGCACAGGAUUACCCAGAAAUCUGGAUCGAUGAAGGAAGGAUUUACACUUCUGAAAUUGGACGCACACAGAUUGAAGCCGCUGCCUUCAGUACACCUUCCUACCCACUCCAGGAUUCUGAAUGGUGCAUUCUGUUCACAGCAAAUCCAUAUGAUGUGAAGGAUCUCUCAGCAAAGGUGACCAGCUCACAGAUCCAGCUUGAUAAGCACAUUGUUGAGGUUCAAAUUCAAAAAAUAAGUAUCCACUCAGAAGACUAUUUUCCUGUUAGUAUGUCAAGUUGUAUGUUUGGCAAAACCUUGUACUGGAAUUCACAUACAACAGAUACACACAAAUUAUUAGCACUAGAUAUUAGUGGUGUUGUAACUGCAACGGGUGCAGAAGUGAAAAAGAUAAAAGUAGGGGACCAUAUUGCUUCAUGUUAUCCAGUUUCUGCAACGUCAAGGAUGAAUAUUCCAGAAACCAUUUGCUUCAAUACCCAAAAAUUUCCAUUCUUCAGAAACGUGCCCUGCAUAUCAUUCUUCUGGAUUGCAAAUGUUGUGUUGCAUCAAAGGUUGCCGAUGCCAAAACAUGGUGAACUAUUGGGUAUUAUUUCCAUUGAACCAGAGUCAGUUUUGUGCAAAGUGCUUACUUUUAUAGCCCAGGAAUUAGGAUGGAAAACAGUAAUUACCAACCAUGUGACUGGAAUCUGGCAACGUGUUAAUCAAUGCUCUGCUCUCAUUUUCCUGCCUCCGCUAAAUGGAAUAUUUAAAGAAGCUCUAACUUGUCUUUUCCAUCUCAAAGACAUUGUACUUGUUUAUGGUAACGAACAGCCAGAGUGUUUAAAGAAUCUGACUGGAACUGAUCAUGAAAACAUCCAGAUCCAUACGGUUAAUCUUACCCAUAUUUUUCAAAAAGCAUCUCUGUUGCGAUCUCAGAAGGAGAUCUACUGCUGGCUUAAAUCAAUGAAUACGAAACCAUUAAAGCAGCUGCCAUUUUCCCUUUUUCAGCAAGGAGGUGAGAGGUCAGAUAAUACGGCAUCCUAUUUCAACUGCAAAAGUGUCCCAGUUGCAGUGCUGACAAGUGACGAGGUAAACAGUAAGAUCUCAGACAUCACAAUGCUUGAAACAGACAGGCGAUUAUUUAAGCAGAAUGCCAUUUAUAUCAUUACAGGUGGACUCACUGGGCUUGGUUUAGAAACUGUAAAAUUUGUAGCACAGAAUGGAGGAGGUAAAAUUGUGAUACUUUCACGAAGAAACCCCAGUGCUGAGAUGCAAAAGGAGCUAAAUGAUCUCCAAGAUCACUGCAAAUGGAGCAGAAUAGUUAGCCUGCAGUGCAAUGUUAUUUCCAUGUCUGAGGUUGAGAAGGCCGUGAAAUCCGUUGGUAAAAUUUUCCCAAACUCUUCUUUUAAGGGUAUAUUUCAUUGUGCAAUGGUUUUACAUGACGGACCUCUUGAAACACUCACCAUGUCUCACUUUGAAGAAGUUUUAAAUCCAAAGGUAGCAGGGGCAAUCAAUCUUCAUCGUGCCACACAAGGGCAGGAGCUUGACCAUUUUGUAUGCUACUCCUCUUUUUCGUCAUUUCUUGGAAAUGCAACUCAAUCAAACUAUGCAGCUGCCAAUUCCUUUCUGGAUCUGUUUUGCCAUUAUCGGAGAAACAGUGGGCUUGCAGGACAAUCCAUUAAUUGGGGUGCUUUAAAUCUUGGAAUUGUGCAAACUCAGCACCAGAGUCAAAGUAAUGCACAACAUACUAAGGCUUUAGAGGAUCUACAAGUGAAUGAUAUCCACGAGUAUCUUAGAAAAACUUUAAUUCUAAACAAGACUCAGCCAGCUAUAGUAAAACUUGACUUUCAAAGAUUGGCCUGUCAUUUAUCAUCUGAAAAUCGGUCACUGAAGAGUCGUUUUUAUAAUCUUGUUUCCAAAGAAUUGGGUAGUAAUUAUCCUGAAUUCCCUGAGAGAGUUGCAUCCCAGAAUCUGCCUCUAGAGGGACCUGUUGAUUAUGUUGUCUCGCUUCUGAAAACCCUGGUUGACACAAUUCCUGGUGAUCUAUCAUUACACACACCACUCUUAUCACUAGGAGUUGAUUCUGCAUUGGCCCCUGUACUACAGAAUCGUAUCUUUGUGGACAGAAAAGUCAAAAUAUCUCUUGCAAAAUUACUUGAUCCUCACUCUACUGUUGCAACUUUAAUUUUAAACUUGAAAGAACAGUCCAACACAGCAGAUUCCCAUGCAGCUGAAAGUACUGAUUCUGGAAGCUGGUUGUAGGAACGAUUUUCCCUUCUAAGAUUGCAAAUGAAGAGCACAGCCUAGAAAACUCACAGCAACCCAGUGAUUCCAUCCAUGAAAGCCUUCGACAAUACAUUCCAAAUGAACUUCCCUAGCAUUUUGCCAAUUAUUUCAUUUCAGAAAUAGUUUGCCAUGGAAGACAGGUUGUUAGUUGUAAACAAAUCUGUCUACAGGACACAGUCUGGUGAUCUCUAAUGUGAUUGGACAAAGAAAAUGUAUAGAAAUCGAUUACCAUUAUGCUAGUAAAGAAGUCUCUAAUUGGACAGAUAGAUGCUGGGGGCAUUAUAAAACUAGCUCUAGAGAAGUGGUUCCUAACCUGUGGUCCAUGGACCACCAAUGGUCCGCAAGAACAAAAAUAUGGUCCGCGGCCUUACCAUUACUACACUGUUGCCUCGAAACCACACAGCAAUGAGAGAAACUGGUCUUGCAAAAUCCUCUUAUAGUGCUGAGGCAACUGGAAUGUCAGGAAAGGAGAUGCUGACUAUUCAUGAAAGAUUACUACUACCACAGUAGCUCUCAACCUUUGGGUCCCCACGUGUUUUGGCCUACAACUUCCUGAAACCCCAGCCAGUUUACCUGCUGUUAAGAUUUCUGAGAGUUGCAGGCAAAACAUCUGGGGACCCACAGGUUGAGAACCACUGUACUACCACAUCAGCUGUAGAUUAUUAAAUAUGGUUUAUUGUGGGUGAGCAGAUGGUGACUACUGGAUGGCAUAUGUUCUGUAUGAGAAACUAGAGCCGAUGUGGUCUAUCCAAUGCAAUUUUCUGAAUCAGCACCCCAAAUAACCAAACCAAAUCUGAAGUUGACAAAAACUGAUUCGUAACCCUUUUGGUACUAAUGUUGGAGAGUAGUCCCUGAUCAAAGUGGUUCCUGGUCAAAGUGGUCCCUAUUCAAGUGGUUCCUGGUCAAAAAAGCAGUUGGGAACUACUGCUCUAGAGGUACCAUUGUGACUUCAAAUGCCAGCCUCUCACAUAUCAAGAUAGUUGUUUUAAUAGCUUUGUUCCUAGGUGAUAAAUGGGUUGCUGGUAAGAAAUGGGCUAUUCAAAUGAUAGUAAUAAUGAUGAUGGUAUUUCUUAUCCUUGUGCUUUUAUGUUUUCAAACACUCAAGAUUGUAAUGCCCAUGGCUAAUGGUUAUUUUCCUUGCAUGCUGGUGUUUACUUCACAGAGAAAAGCAGAUGAUAUACAGGCAGUCCCCAAGUUAUGAACAUGAUAGGUUCUGCAGGUUUAUUCUUAAAGUGAACUUGUAUGCAAGUCAGAACAGGUACAUUUUAAAAGUCUAACUGCAGCUAGCAAGAUAUACACUUUGGCUAGCAUAAGGGUUAACACUCCUGUGGUGUUUCUUUUGCUGUCUGUACCUGUGUAGAUUUCACUCCCUUUGAUAAUUGAAUUUUGAAAAAUGUGGUUUGUUGCGGAAACAAAUAUUGGUGAGAAAGUUUCAGUGUAGACACCUUUUCCCCAUGAUAACUCUUCCAGGAGUGAAUUUUUCUCACCUGUCUCACCAGCUGUUCUUAACUAUGAGCCAUUUGGAAAUAGGAUGUUUGCAACUCAGGGACUGUCUGUACAUGUUCAAUCCACAUUAAAAUAUGAUGCCAUGUCUGCAGUGUAAUGUAAUGUGCCGCAAGGAGAA